AUGGCUAUGUUUAUCACUGUAGGAAAUUCGCAACAACUACUGCAUCCAUUUCCAUUGGCACCAAUGCCAAGCCUGGCACCUUUUCAGCCUAGUGAAGCUCAAAAAUGUUGGUCAGCCCUUACCAGCAUACAAGGUUGUAUGUUGGAGAUAUCUGCUUCAUUUUUCUAUGGAGAAAUAGGUGUUAUUGGCCCCGAUUGUUGUCAGGCCAUCACUCAUAUUAGUGAUGAUUGUUGGCUUAAAAUGUUCCCUUUCAACCCCUUUUCCCCCCCAUUUCUCAGGACUUCUUGUUCAUCUCCAGCACCAUCUGCAGGACCGAUAUUGAAUGGCAUCAACAAGGUGUCAUCGCCAUUGCAAUCUGGAAGUGAAGUUGAUAAAUGCUGGUCUUCACUUUCUAACGUUAAUGGGUGUGUUACGGAGAUUAUUAAUUCAUUUUUCGGUGGUCAAAUGUUUACUAUUAUUAGUCCUGCUUGUUGCAAUGCCAUAAUGAAACUCAACGACGACUGCUGGCCUAUAUUGUUCCCUUUUUACCCAUACUUCCCUCCAUAUUUGAAGAACUACUGUGGUGAGACGGCAACGGCAACAGCACCUAAAUGA